CUCUCUCUCUCUCUCUCUCUCCCACUCAUUCAGUCACUCACUCAGUCCUCCUCACUCCUCAGUUACAGACCAAGAUUAGUGACCACACCACACAAAAGAUCACACUGCACUGCGAACUUUACUUUUGAAAAGUUCCUCGUUCCUCAACAACACUACCAUCCAAAAGCUCCAAGAUACUUCCCUUCCGUCCUCCUCCUCCUCCUCCUGCAUGGCGAUCAACACCGCCACCAAAGCCAAAUCCCACAAUGCCGCCGCCGGCGGCGGUGGCGGUGGCGGUACUGCCGUCAGUGACGGAGACAGCAACUCCUCCCCCAGUCCUCCUCCCUCUCCUCCGCCGCCUCCCCCUCCCCGUCACUUCGGCCGCCGCAGGAGCCGCUCCUCCAAGUUCCGGAAAGACAGCUUCCCCGCCGCCGCCGGCGUCUUCCUCCGCUGGAAUUUCCGGUACCUGCUCUUCCUCCCGCUUCUCUACAUUUCAGGUCUGAUCAUGUGUGUGGGGCCCUUCUCCACCGCUCUCCUUGCUCUCGGCCGGGGCAGCGCCCCCGGCGCCGUGUACCGGAGCCAUGAGCUGUUCGAACGCCUCUGGCCGGAUAUCACUGCCGACAAUUCCACCGCAAUUCAGUUGGCUUCUGUAUGGCAGUACAAAAGGAGGUUCAAGGUGCAGAGACCUUGUCCAAAUUCUAGUAUCCCGGCGACGAAGCGUCGUUAUGCUUGGACUGGAGAGUCAUCAGGCGCAUCAGGAUACUUGAUUGUUAAUGCAAAUGGCGGCCUUAAUCAGCAGCGCUCUGCGAUCUGCAAUGCAGUUGCUGUAGCUGGACUUCUAAAUGCAGCAUUGGUCAUUCCACAGUUCGAUUUCAAUCGUGUCUGGAAGGAUCGAAGUGAGUUUGGGGACAUAUAUGACCUGGAUCACUUCAUAUCCGUACUUGAGAAACAUGUGAAAGUGGUGAAAGCAUUACCCGAUGAAGUGAUGAGGAAAUAUGACUAUAACAUGACUAGUAUUCAUACAAUUCGAGUUCCUCCUUGGGCUCCUGCUAAAUAUUACACAGGACAAAUCUAUCCCGUCCUAAGAGAGCAUGGGGUUGUUCGUUUUGCACCAUUUGCCAAUCGAUUGGCUAUGAGUGUCCCGGCACAUAUUCAGUUGCUUAGAUGCAUAACAAAUUACAAAGCAUUGAGAUUUGCUUUGCCCGUGUCAACGCUGGCAGAGAAGCUGGUAAACCGAAUGGUUGAGAAGAGCACAAAAAAUGGAGGAAAAUAUGUUUCCAUCCACCUCCGCUUUGAGGAGGACAUGGUAGCAUUUUCAUGCUGCAUUUACGAUGGUGGAGCUGCUGAAAGGUACGAAUUGGCUUCAUUUCGAGAGGCAGAGUGGAAAGAGAAGUUUAAAAGAAAAGAUCGCGAGGUUAAUCCUGGCCUUAAUCGCAUUGAUGGAAAAUGCCCUCUGACCCCAUUAGAGGUAGGAUUGUUGCUGCGCGGUAUGGGAUUUGAUAACACAACUUCGAUAUACAUAGCAUCGGGCAAGAUUUACCAAGCCGACAGACAUUUGAAACCUUUGUUGAGAAUGUUUCCCCUUCUUUAUUUCAAGGAAACUCUUGCGACAGCAGAGGAACUUGCACCAUUCAAGGGCUAUUCGUCAAGAUUGGCAGCUUUGGACUACACUGUGUGCCUGUACAGUGAGGUUUUCGUUACAACUCAGGGUGGAAACUUCCCUCAUUUUUUGAUGGGCCAUAGAAGAUUUCUUUUUGAUGGACAUGCCAAGACUAUCAAUCCGGAUAAACGCAAACUCGCUGUUUUGCUUCAGGAGAAGACAAUCAGCUGGAAGGGGUUCAAGGAUGAGAUGCAAGUUGUGCUGGAAGAAAGCGAUCGCAAGGGAAUGAUGGUCCCUAGAGUGAAGAAGAUCAACAGAAAAACUUCCAUCUACAAGUACCCAUUGCCAGAAUGCAGUUGCCUCCAGGCCCAGAAUUCGUCUCACAGGCUAUCAAACAACCAUCAAGGCUCCGAUUUACUAGCUUCCCAGCACAAGUCGACAAGAUGACAGGGAAGAAACCCUCUUCACCAGUCGACUCUCUUUGCAAUGUACAGCCACCUUUCUUAGUUGUGGACGGAGGAGGAUGAAGGGAUCCAAUUUUUUGGUAACAUAGGAUUUCAUGGAUGGAAGUCAAUAGGACUACUACUGGUUUGAAAGAGAGUGUUGUUUCCUAUCGAGAUCGGGCUUUGUUUGAUAUCCACAUUUGCAGUUUCCAACAGGCUUGAGUUUGUUCAUUGUUCUUAGUAUAAACACAUGGCGGGAUAUUGGUUAUAGUGAGUGUGAGUGAAUGGAGAGUAUACAAAUACAGAUGGUUGGCCGUAGAAGUAAGGGUCAGUGCACCUGAAAUUUUAUAAAGUUGUAUAAAAGGAAAAAACAUGAAGUAACUAAAUGGAAAAAAAAGGGCAGGUAA